CUCUUCCGGUGUAGACUGUAGCUCAGCCCUGCGGCAUCCGUUUGCCCUGCGUCUGUAGGGUGCCGGGCCAUCCACCGGGAGGACGCGGACUCCGCGUAGUCAAGCCACAAUGGAACAGUUGACCUUCAGGGAUGUGGCCAUUGAUUUUUCUGGAGAGGAAUGGGAGUGUCUGGAUUCUGAGCAGCAGAAUUUGUAUACAGAUGUGAUGUUGGAAAACUAUAGGAACCUCGUUUUCCUGGGUCUUGCUGUGUCUAAGCCAUACCUGGUUACCUGUCUGGAGCAAAGGAAAGAGCCCUGGAAUGUAAAGACGCAAAAGACCAUGGCCGUGUUCCCAGCCAUGUUUUCUCAUCAUAGCCAAGACUUUUCACCAGAGCAGAACAUAAAGUAUUCAUUCCAGGAACUCAUCUGUGGACCUCGUGGACAGUGUGGCUUUGACGCUUUGUACUUCCCAGGAGAAAGGGACUGUGUUGAGGAGGGUGACAUCCUGAGAACCUGCUAUAACGGGCACAACCCAUUUCUGACAGCUGGCAACAGCAAAAGCUUUACUCCCAGGAGAGAUCGGGCACAAGAGAUGGCUCACAAAAACCCUCAGGUGACACCAGUUACUUGUGAGGAGCCGUGCGCUUCAGUCAUUAAACAGCAGAGUCAGUUUUUGAAGCAGACCCCUUCUUUCAAAGAUAAUUUGGAAAAUCCACAGAGGGUUCUAGUUAAUUCUUCAACUACCGACUUCAACAAUUUCAAGUGUAGCUUUGGGCUGAGCUUUCAUUCAAACAUUUUUGUAGAUGGGGAACUUAAAAAUGAAGGAAAACAUUCUAAAUGUAAUCAAUUUGAGAACUCCAUCAUGAAAAAUUCGUUAGUAUAUAAUCAACAAAUAGGUCUUCCAUGUGCCAAAACACAGAAUUCCCAUAAGUAUGGCAGAUUUUUUUCACAUCCGGUAUCACUGAACCAAAAUUCGAGUACAGAUAUUUUGGAAAUUCAGUAUAUAUGUAAAGAAAAUAGGAAGGCCUUCACUGAGGAGUCCAGCUUAAGUAAUCUUCAGGACGUGUAUAUCGGAGAGACAGUUUAUGAGGGUAAUGAAAAUAAUAGUGACUUAAACCAAGAGUCAAAUCCUGCCAGUCAUCAGUCUGCUCAAUUGUACAAAUGUUACAAAUGUGACACAGUCUUUCAUCAGUACUCGGAACUUAUUAUCCAUCAGUACAUCCAUAUUCAAGAUCAGAUUUCCAAGGAUAUGGAUUGCGACACAGCUUUCAGUCAAAGUUCAAGCCUUACGAGAAGUCAAGCUGGAGAAAAACCCUACAAAUGUAAGGAAUGCGGCAAAGCCUUUACCUACUGUUCAAGCCUUAGGCAACAUCAUAGAAUUCAUUCUGGAGUCAAACAGCACAAAUGUAAAGACUGUGGCAAAGCCUUCUACCAUAAAUCACUCCUCACGCAACACCAGAGCAUCCACGCUGGAAAGAAACCCUACUGCUGUAAAUUUUGUGGCAAAGCUUUCAAUCAAAGAUCGACUGUUACUCAGCACCAGAGAAUCCACACUGGAGAGAGGCCCUACCAUUGUAAAGAUUGCGGCAAAGCAUUUCAUCAAAGAUCGAGCCUUAGUCUGCACCAGAGAGUUCAUACGGGAGAAAAGCCCUACAAAUGCAAAGACUGCGGCAAAGCCUUCAACCGCAACUCACUCCUCACUCAGCACCAGAGAAUUCACACUGGAGAGAGGCCCUACCAUUGUAAAGACUGUGGCAAAACUUUUAAUAAAAAGUCAAGCCUUACUCAACACCAGAGAAUCCAUACUGGAGAGAAGCCCUAUUCUUGUAAAGACUGUGGCAAAGCUUUUAAUCAAAGAUCAAGCCUCAGCCUACACCAGAGAGGCCAUACUGGGGAGAAACCCAAUAAAUGUAAUGAAUGUGGCAAAGCCUUUAACCGUGUAUUUUUCCUUACUCAACAUCAGAAAAUUCAUACUGGAGAGAAGGCUUACCACUGUAAAGACUGUGGCAAAGCAUUUAAGCAGAGGUCCAGCCUUACUCAGCACCAGAGGGUACACACUGGAGACAAGCCCUAUCAUUGUAAGCACUGUGGCAAAGCUUUUACCCAGAGGUCCAGCUUUACACGACACCAGAGGAUCCACACUGGAGAGAAGCCCUACAAGUGUCAAGACUGUGACAAAGCCUUCAGCCGGAACUUACUUCUCAUUCAACACCAGAGAAUUCACACAGGAGAGAAGCCUUACCAUUGUCAAGAUUGUGGCAGAGCGUUUAAUCAAAGGUCAAGCCUUACUCAACAUCAGAGGGUUCACACUGGGGACAAGCCCUUCUGCUGUAAAGACUGUGGCAAGGCUUUUACCCAGAGGUCAAGCUUUAAUCGACACCAGAGAGUUCAUACUGGAGAGAAGCCCUACAAAUGUAAAGAGUGUGAUGGCGCCUUUAAAUCCAGUUCCCACCUUGCCGAACACCAGUGCACCUCAUUAGGCAGCUGCUUUGAAGACACAAAAUUUCUCCAAUAUAUAUGAGUUUAUUGUUCUGUUACAGCCAGUUAGCAAACACCGAUGGAUUUAUCUUGAAAACAAGUAACAUGUUUGAUUAUACAAAAGGUACUUUCUGUUGCAAUACCUAACUGGAUUUCCGGAGCCAUAUCCUGGUUUAAUUAAGUAAUAAUAUUUUUCUUUCUUGUCAUUUUGUCAACCGGUUCUGUGUUAAUAGUUGUAUUCUCAGAUGUAUUUCCCAAACUUUGUUCAGACUGUAUACAUAAAACAUACACACUGGGGGCUGGUGAGAUGGCUCAGUGGGUAAGAGCACCCGACUGCUCUUCCGAAGGUCCAGAGUUCAAAUCCCAGCAACCACAUGGUGGCUCACAACCAUUCGAAAUGAGAUCUGACACCCUCUUCUGGUGUGUCUGAAGACAGCAACAGUGUACUUACAUAUAAUAAAUAAAUAAAAAAAAAAAACAUACACACUGUCCAGUGUACACAUAAAAGUGUACAGCGGGCGCCACACUGGAGAAGUCUUUGGCAGGUCUCCCUAGGAUUUACACAACUAAAUUGUGUAGCAUAGAGCUUGGCUGUCUCCCCCCAGAAACAUAUAGAAUUGUGUUUACUGUCCCUUCUACAACAUGGUUAAGAUGACAUUUUCAUGAUGACACCCACAAGAAGCAUCUUUAACCCUGCAUGUGUAUUUUUUCCUUCAGUCAUGAAACAAAACUAGAGAGCCCAGAUAGCAAAAAAGAAAGAAAAAAACUAAAAGUAUAUAUUGAGUUGGUCUGAGGAUCCUGACUUCUGAGUCUACUGCUAAAAAGACUGCAAAUAUAUAGAUGGUGCAUGCUGAAUCCACACUUUUAUACAAUUAAAUUACAUUUGGGGGGUGUUGUGUGCCACAGCAUUCAUGUGAGAGUCAGAGGACGGCUUCCAGCCCAUUCUCUCUGUCAUUUCGUGUUGUUGAACUCGGUUCAUCCGGCUUUGCUGCAAGUGCCUUCACCUGCUGAGUUAUCUCUACGAUCAUUGGAUUUUAGGGUCUGGGACUUUCCUGGCCUCUGCCACACAGACCCCUGCUGUUUUCUGCCCUUUUUUAAAUCAGAAAGUUAGGCAGACCACCUACUACAAUUGCACCACAGUGCAUAUAAUCUCCCUGUGACUUGAAGACAUGACCAUAUUUAAAAAUGAGAAUGUACAGAAGAUGUAGGGAGACAUUUUUAUGUUGAGUGUUCAAAACAGACUCCAUAAAGCUAAAGGCCUUCUGGGGUAAGUUCUUCAGAUCAUGUCAAGUGAGAUGUGGCUGUGUUAGAAUCCUGAUGGUGAGUGCAGAAUCUGUAAGGGCAGAGAAGCACUGACAUCAUACUCUGAUGUGAUGCAUUGUCAGAAGAGAGAGGAUGAUAAUGAUGGGAGAUAAGCAGCAUCUAGUUCAGAGUUGUGGAACAGCCGCCUGUAAGCUAUAUACGGGGAAUGCCGUCUUCUUCCCUGGAGGGGAAUCAGUUUUAUCACACUGUCUAGGGUCUGUACCAGGGCUCUUUCUUUCUCUGUGUUGGCCUAGUCAACCUAGUCAGCCUGGAUCAGUAUUUGGGCAUUAAGACCAGGAUCAUUGAGCCCUGUCUCACUGCAUGUAGUACCUGGCAAGUACUUAGGGGUUUAGAUUUCACAUUUUGAUCAGGUUAUCCAUAUGCCAACCUUCUUCCAUUUCAUGGGACUGUAUGGUGCAGAAUUCCUUCAUGGAAGCAUUUUUGUUACUAUAGGGGAAUCAUUCCAGUUUCCUGGUACGCAAAUGGUGAAACCCAUGGCCAUCUAAAGGCAAAAUACACUCAAGAAUUUCUUCACAUAGCUCUUCCAAGGCAACAAAACAAUCACAAGGCACUCAUGGCUGGAAACUUCUAGAAAACUUCAAUGCAAAGCAAGUGGAUAAAUAAUUGAACUUUGUAUGAUUUGAUCAACACCAAGGAGGAACACAGUGAUUGACACAUUUGAAUUUGGGAAGGUUUUCUUUAAUUGUAUUGCUUAUCCUGAUUCACUUCCACAAAGGCAUUUUCUAGAAAAGUUUUUAUUUCCAUUUGUGUUGUUUUUACCUUGUUGAAAAAUUUAGACUCUCGAUAUCUUAGAGAAAGUUAAAAAGAUAACUUGGUUGUUGUUUCAUGUUAUUAAGUGGGAAAAUAGUCGUAGUUUACUCUCUGUUGCUGUUCUCUGUUGCUGUGAUAAAUACCACAAUCAAAAACAACUUAGGGAAGAAGAGGUUUGUUGAGGAUAGGAACUAAAGCAGGAGCAGGGGAUGGAAUCGUGUAAGAAAGGUGCUCCUAUAGCGCAUGCUCAGCUAGCUUCCCUGAACCGGGACUACCUGCCUGCCUAUGGGUGGCACUUGUCUACAGCAGACCACAUUAGUCAACAGUCAAAACCAUUCCAGACAUGGCCAUAGGCCACUCUGAUCUGGGCAAUUCCUCACUCCCUCAAUUGAGACUCUCACUUUCCCCGUGAUGUUCUUAAUUCUCUGCAUUAAAAAUAAAUGAGCCAUACAGAAACAAAAAGAGAACAGUUCUGAUGUCUGUACACUUAAAUGAUAAAACAGCACCAAAAUUCUAGGUCUUAUGUCAAUUAAUGCAAAGAUUAUGAAGACUCCAGCUCACAGUUUCACAAUAUUCUAUGAGUACAUAAUGCUUGCUUAAAUAGACAUGUUCUAAGUGACUAUAUACAUCUUGUAUUCUAAAUUGUAACUUGUGAACAGUUGCCUACAGCAUAUUUUAAAAACGCAAAGAAUGAUUUAAGAUCUGCAGGAUCCACUGAGAACUAAGAACAUUUGUUUUGAGAACUGAUAGUUUGCAUGCACUUUUUUUUCUAGCUUAGUGCUACAGAUGGUGGAUGUAAAUGCUAGCAAGAAAUGUGCUUAAGAUGCCAGUUCAUGAGUGCCCCCUCUAGUUCCACCAAACUCACAGAGUCACAAUUCCUUAGACUGGGGUUCUACAAUACCACUUGAUUUUUCUUCCUUCAAAUGCAAGGUCAGUAGCAUAAAGCUGUUGUCGACAUGUUUAGUUUUUUGACAAUGUCAUGCUGUUCUGUAUAUUUGUUUGUUUGUUUGGCUUGUGACGCUUUAUUCUGGAUGUCUGUUUUUUUUUCUUUUUAAACAUCUAAUUGAUUCUUUGUGAAUUUUACAUUAUACACCCCCGUACCACUUAUCUCCCCAUCCCUCCAUACCCACCCUCUGCCUUGCAACCCACCCCCUAACAGAGGGGAAAAAAUCUUGAUGUGGAAGCUGUGGUGUGUCAGUGUGAAUCACAGUGUGUCCUUUUGCCCAAACAGCUCUACUUGCAAACGUUCAUUCCAAGAGCCAUUGGUGUGGUUCGAGGCCUCUGGCUUCUGCUACACCAUCAAUGCUGGAUCCUCCCCAUGGCUUCUCUCAGGUAUCUUCUUGUUGCCCUGUGUCAUGGAGAUCCUGCAGCUUUGGAUCUACAGGACCCGCCCCUUCAUUUGCCCCAGCAGUUAAUAGAUGGGGUAGAUGUUGGAGUGGGUGGAUACUUCAUAUUAAUUGACAUAUGACCUAGAAUUUGGGUACUGCACAGUGUAAAGUAUUUAAAGGAGUGAGUGUAUAAGACAUCAGUGGAAAGAUUGCCAAUAGGUGUACCAAGUACUCUGGGACAGAAAGAGUAGGACCAAGAGGAGCAACUGCAGCCAGCUCAUGAACUCCCUCAGGCUGUGGGGCUAAUGUUACAAAGGUCAUCACAGUAAAUGAAAUGCCAGCAGCUCUUCUCCCAUUGGAAGACACCAACCUACAUACCCAGUGAAUUUGUAAAAGACAAAUUCAAUUUAAUGGAGCAAUGAGUGUGUUCCACAAAUGACUGCAGAAAAAAAAAAAAAGGAAAACUGAACAAUGUAGAAUUUACAUAGAAAAACGAACAUAGACAUAAAUUUUGAAUUACACAAAAAUCCACCAGAAUGUGUUUCAUUACUUAAUUGGAAAAUUCUGUAGAAGAAAGUCUACACAGCCCAUGUCCUUUAAAAAAGGUGACAACUAGAUGGUCCAGUGGGUAAAGGUACCUGCUGCCGACCUAGCAAUUUGAGUUCAAUCCCCAAGACCUACAUGGUGAAAGGCAAGAACUGACUCUCACAGGUUUGUAUUCUGACCUAAACACAAAAGUCAAUAAAUACGUAAUUUUAAAAAGA